GGAACUCCGUUAUCAUGGAAAAGGAGGGCUUUCAGCGGACCUUUGAGACACUCCGUCAAGAAAUAAACUUGAUAGAAAUUUGUACUGAUGCUCAUUCCCAAAUAUCAGCCCUCUUCAACAAAAGGAAAAUACAAAGACAGCGGAGUCCACCACACACUGGACGUCUGGCAUGGGUCCAAAAACUUGUGCAAAAAAAUUCAUGCCGCAGGGCAGCAAAAGGGGUGUGCCAUUCUCCAGAUUUGGAAUAAAGACAUUUGCAACCACUUUUGGUACUGCUGUAAGACUGCAGAUACCUAUGAAGAGUUCAUUGACAUGUGGGUGGGACUCCUUCACCAUGUCACAGGAGAACACACAUGGGCCCUUGGUGAGUGUCAACAUGGCCCCUUGCUUGACAGCAGAGAGAAGGAUUGGAUUGAGAGUGGUUCAGUGGCACAUGAGAGGCUGGCCGAAAUUAUUCUGGAUGAACGCUGGCUGAAGGUUGUCCCCAAGUAUCUGCGUUUCAGGUCGACUGCAGAUUUGGAGUCCUUUCACAACCAUGUUCUCAUGUAUGCCAGCAAGCGCUUCAGCUUUUCCCCGCCAGUGUACGCUGCUCGGACCAUGCUGGCUGGCCUAGAUUACAACCACCAUGUCCAUAGACCAGCCAUGAGAAAAGCUGAUGGCACAAUUCUGUACAGCAAGCUGUACAACAAGAAGUCCAGGAAGUGGAGAUUGUAUUCAGUAAAGGUGAAGAAGGACUACAGCUACAUUGCAGACCUACAGCGUGCCAUCCUCCUUCGACGGCUAUCAGCUAAUAAGGGGAUGGCUAGAAGCAGAACCAGGAGACCUGAUGAUCCCCGUCAACAUGGCGUUGUGUCUGGUGCACCUGCCCCAUCAACACAGGAGCUGUUGCAAAUUCAAGUCAGCAGAGGGUCAGGUCAAUUGUUGCCAAAACAAUAAAUCAUCUUCAUAGUUGAUGUUAUGCUACGUCCGAAGUCUGGCCCGUCAACCGGUCAAGACACCUCUGGAGACACCAU